GGAGAUCGGAAAAACGCCGAAAACAAAAACAAUAACCCACAGGGUUCAUCCUCGAGGGUAACGCUCACCCUCCUCACUGUCUGUUCACCUCGCGUCUUCUCAGCCGCACUCACUAGCCGACACGGCGGGAAACCCCUUUCCCGUCCCUCCGGCGGCCAUAUUGGAUCUCGCGUCUCGCGAGAGUCACGGCCGCCAUCUUGGGAGACCGGCGGUCUCCGUUUUUUCGGCUCCCGACCGCGAGCUUGCCACACACUAUUCAGGCAGGGGUCAGCAG